AUGGUCCACGUCACGGUCCAGACCCGCAAGGGCAAGUCGCUUGGCGAGUUCGAGGCCCAGUCUGUGAACGAUCUGAAGGCAGCCAUCCAGGCUCAGCAAGUCUGGUCGCUGUACCCGUCCGCUGCGUUGAUCAUCCUUGCAUCGCUAAUUGCCCUCUCUCUGCUGUUUGUGGUCCUCUCAUGCGUCAUCUGGCGCAACUGGCUGCCCAUGGUCGUCAUCGUCGCCUUUGGCUUUGCUCCGCUGCCUAAUCUCCUCUGUGGCGCCUGCCAGCGUGGCUCGUCCUCGGGAUUCUCGCUCGACGAGGGCCGCAACGGGUGGAAAGACUCGGGAUUCUUCCUCACUGGCGCCAUCGUUGUCACCGGUCUUGCUCUGCCCAUGACCCUGGCUCAUGUCGACGCCAUCGAAGUCCCGGCCAUGGUCAUGGCUGUGGCCGGCGGCGUCCUCUUCUACACUUCGGUCCUGCUCUACUCGCACGUCUUUGCCGACGACGAAGAUGACGUGGGCUUUUAGGCGAUAGCCUCCG